CGUUGCUGGUGUGAAGUUGUUUAUUCGGCGAAACGCAGCGAAUUGCACAGCGGAGCUGUGGAAGACGUCGGAGUAUACGCUUUUCACGUUGUGGGAUGGUGCAGUGGAAGUUUUCUAUUUACCGCCGGACGCCGUGAGUAGUGUUUCAGUAGCCUGCUUGUGUGUGGAUUUCCUUUUAACUGCGGCGUCUGUACGGAUGCAGCGGAGCAUUCAGAAGCUAACCACUGGCACCGUGAUGGUGAGGAAUAGAGCGGCUCGCAACGAACAAGGCAG